UUACGUAUCCGUAAUCUGUGGGCACGUGCAAAUUUAGGUUAAGAAGGAGCGCUAGUGCCGCUAGUAUUCAAAAAUACGGCAGUUUUAUAUUUUUAUUUAAUCAUUUAACACCCAGUUCAAUUCAGUUUUAAUAGAGUUUAAUAAUUAAAACAAUGGAAGAAAAUAACAGAAUAAACUUCGUAUCUUGCGUAAAAUGGAUCGAAAAAGGCAAAGCGCGAACUGAUCCCUUAAAAGUUAAAAUUUCAAAGGAAGAGUUGGUGGAAAUGAUUAAAACUACUAAGGAACAAUUCAGUGCUGCAAGAAAUGAAAGAGAAGCUGAAAGUACACAAGACGGCGAUGUCGAUAUGGAAGAGGAAGGUGAUGAAAAUGAGGAUUCAGAAGUUAUGGCCUCACUCACCGAAUUAUCUACAAAUCCUGAAGAUUACCUCAGUGAUUCUGAAGAAUCCGAUAAAGAGGAUGAAAUAAUAAAAGAAAAUGAUAACUUAGUGCUUCUUGGUCGUUAUGAUGGUGAUGCUUGCACAUUGGAAGUUCAUAUUUACAAUGAAGAGGAAGCUUCUUUUUACUGUCACCAUGAUAUUGUAUUACCAAGCUUUCCAGUUAACUUUGAAUGGCUGAAUUAUGAACCCAACAGCCCCCUAGGAAACUACUGUGCUGUUGCUAUGAUGGAUCCCAUCAUUGAAAUUUAUAACUUGGACAUAAUGAAUAUAAUGGAACCUUCGUAUAAGUUGGGACAAAAGGCUAAUCGUAAAAGAGGAAGGAGUCAAGUUGGACAUAAAAGCCAUGUUCUUUCUUUAGCUUGGAACACAACUUACGAUCAUAUUUUGGCGAGUGGUUCUGCAGACAAGAGCAUUAUUUUGUGGGAUUUGGAAAAGAAAACUCCUAGUACCACAAUAAAUGCUUUUCAAAAGGAUGUGCAAUGUCUUGAAUGGCACAAAGUUGAGACUCAGUCUCUGUUGGCAGGUGGUUGUGAUAGUCAAGUAAAACUUUUCGAUUGCAACACUCCAGAUAAUCAUCUAACUUGGAAAUUAGAUGGAGAGUGUGAAAAAUUGACUUGGCAUCCACAUCAACCUUUUAUGUUUAUGGCAGGUACCAGCAUUGGAUCUUUACAAUGUUUCGAUUGUAGAAAAGGUCAGUUAUGGUCAUUAUCAGCACAUGAAAAAGAGCUCAGUGGUAUUUUCAUCAGUGGAGAAUGUCCCGGUUUGCUGGUAACAGCAUCACAUGAUGGCAUGGUUAAAACUUGGGACUGUGACGGAACUAAUGUUCCGGAAUUGGUUAACGUUAAGGACUUCAACAUGGGAUUAAUCCUUUCGUUGGAAGGAUCUCCAAAUAACCCAUUUGUUAUCGCAGCUGGCGGUGAUAGAAGAGAAAAUAAUUUUAUAGUUUAUGACAUGAGGAAUAUUGACGAAGUUAAAGACAGGUUCGAGAAAAGAGAGGUGAAAAAACAGGAAACUUCCACAACAUGAGCAAUUAGAUGAAGUCGUUAAAGUACAAUUAGUAUGACAUACUAAUAGGGGUGAAACUGUGAUUUCUACCAUUGUCAACACUGACUGAGUGUUGGAUGGAAGACAUGAUUAUAUCUUUUGAUUCUGAAUAAAGUUAUUAAAUUUUAAA